AUGGCUCUUGACGGUAUACAACUACGCAGCGACGAUGUCAAAGAACGUGUCCGGCUCGCAACCGAGUUUCUUGACCCAACCAAUGCCCGCCAGCAAUCCUAUCGAGGAGACAUUGUGCUCAUGCUCAACAGAGGUCUACGAAGACUGAUAGUGAGCAUCGAUAAAAUCCGAGACCAUUCCCGAGAACUCGCGGACGGUAUCCUCUUCAAGCCGUUCGACUAUGCGCCAUGUUUCGACCAUGCCCUCAAAAAAAUCAUCGAGACCUUACCUGAUCGGACAUCGAAGGAGACGGACGAGGAGACUAUGUACUAUGUGGCGUAUUCUGGCAGUUUCGGCGAAAAUGCUUGCAAUCCGAGGACGCUUGGUAGUGCGUUGCUUAAUCGUAUGGUGUCGCUUGAGGGUAUUGUUACGAAAUGCAGCCUUGUACGGCCGAAAGUGGUGAAGAGUGUGCAUUAUAAUGAGAAGAAAAAUACUUUCCUCUUUCGGGAGUACAGAGAUCAAACAAUGAGUGCCAAUGCGCCGGCUAGCACGAGUGUGUAUCCUCAACAAGACAAGAACGGUGACCCUCUGAUUACGGAGUAUGGCUACUGCACUUAUAGGGAUCACCAGACUAUUAGCAUACAAGAAAUGCCCGAGAGAGCACCUGCUGGCCAGUUGCCUCGGGGCGUUGAUGUGAUAAUGGAUGACGAUAUGGUAGACAGAGUGAAGCCAGGCGACAGAAUACAGCUUGUGGGUACCUUCAGAUCAUUGGGAAACAGAAAUGCAGGCACUGGUUCGUCAGUUUUCAGGACUUUGAUAUUGGCGAAUAACGUUGUUCUACUCUCCUCCAAAUCGGGUGGUGGAAUUGCACAGGCUACCAUUACCGAUCGUGAUGUGCGAGAGAUCAACAAAUUGUCAAAGAACAAGAAGGUAUUUGAACUACUCGCACAAUCACUUGCUCCUAGUAUCUUCGGCCAUGAUUUCAUCAAGCAAGCUAUUCUUCUGCAGUUGCUGGGAGGUAUGGAGAAGAACUUAGCGAACGGCACACAUCUACGAGGUGACAUCAACAUACUCAUGGUUGGUGAUCCCUCUACAGCAAAGUCGCAGCUCUUGCGGUUCGUGCUCAAUACUGCUCCUCUAGCCAUAGCGACAACUGGUCGAGGCUCUUCUGGCGUCGGUCUGACAGCAGCUGUAACACACGACAAAGAGACUGGUGAACGACGACUGGAAGCAGGUGCUAUGGUGCUGGGAGACAGAGGUGUAGUCUGUAUUGAUGAGUUCGACAAGAUGAGCGACAUUGAUCGAGUCGCCAUUCACGAAGUCAUGGAACAACAGACUGUUACAAUCGCCAAGGCUGGUAUCCAUACCUCAUUGAAUGCACGAUGCAGUGUCAUUGCUGCUGCGAAUCCGAUCUAUGGCCAAUACGACCCGAAUAAAGACCCACACAAGAAUAUUGCACUACCCGACUCACUCCUGUCACGUUUCGAUUUACUGUUUGUUGUGACAGACGACAUCAACGAAGCCCACGAUAGAGAUAUCUCAGAACACGUCCUACGCAUGCACAUGUAUCGUCCGCCAGGCCUCGAGGAAGGCGAACCUAUUCGUGAGACAGCACAGCAAUCACUUGGAGUCGGUCUGCAAGAGGAUCCUAAUGCUGCCAACAAGAACACCGAAGUCUACGAAAAGUUCAACCAAGUGCUUCACGCAGGCAUGACAGUCAAGACUGGACGAGGCCGAAACAAGCAAGUCACGCCAGUCUCUAUGCCAUUCAUCAAGAAAUACAUACAGUACGCUAAAAGUCGAAUAAAGCCUGUGCUGAGCAAGGCUGCAAGCGAAUACAUAGUUAAUGCCUAUGCUGGAUUUCGCAACGACGAUAUGCAAGCUAAUCAACGACGUACCUCACCUAUUACUGCUCGAACACUGGAGACGCUCAUCCGUCUGUCCACUGCCCAUGCGAAGGCACGACUGUCCAACGAAGUCAGUGUGUCCGACGCGGAGAAAGCCGAAGGAAUCCUGCGCUUUGCUCUGUUUAGAGAAAUGCCUGAGAAAGAGGGUCAACAUAAGCGAAGAAAGACUGCAAAUGUCGACUUGUCAGAAGAGACAGACGACAGCGACAAUUCAGAUGGCUCAGACGAUUCAGACGGAGAUCGACCAGCCGCCACAACUCAAAGUGCUAGAUCCUCAAGGCGCAAUGGCACCAUACCAACAAGCAGGGGCACACCCAGACCCAACGGCACGACAAGAAGAGGGCCGCCUCGCUCUUCGCAGCCACGUACCAUCCCCGACGAAGAUGACGACGAUGACGACGAAGGCACAGAAGAAGAAACUCAAAACACUACAAGCAGCCGUCGCACCGGCCAGACAGGCGCCGAAUCUCAACUUUCACGCAUAUCCCUCGCCAGUUCCAUGCCCAGCUCCCAACUACCACCAACACAAGAAUCCUCUUCCACCGCGGCGAAUGGCUCAUCACUCCCACAACAGAGCAUUGACUCGGACUCCGAGCUCGAAGAAGAAGAACCUGCCAUCACCGACGCACGACUAGCCAUAUUCAGAACUGCACUAGGUCAACUCAUGGGCACGAGUCUAUUCCAUAACGAUAGCGCUACCGUGAACGAUCUGCUACCUGCCGUUAAUGCGAACAUUGGAGAUAGGCAGGGAGGCAAUGAGGAGGAGUUUGAGAAGGAGGAAGCUGUUGCGGGGCUGAAGAGGUUGGCGGAGGCGAAUGCGAUUAUGUAUCUGGAGGAGCAGGAGGAGGUGUAUAGACUGUAG